AAUCAGCAAACAAACGAAAUGUCGGAACUGGAAUCUAUCUGUCACAAAUGCAAUGAGGUCAUCGCGGAGCGCAUAAUCACGGCCCUGGGCAAGUCCUGGCACCCGGAUCACUUUGCCUGCAAGGACUGCCAGCUCCCCAUCACGGAGGCCACCUUCAACAUUCAGAGCGGGGAGCCCGUCUGCUCCGAUUGCUUCGUGAAGAACUACUCGGGCACCUGCUUUGGCUGCAAGCAGCCCAUCUUGGAGCGCACCAUCAAUGCCAUGGAGAAGUCGUGGCACGAGGAGUGCUUCCAGUGCAAUGGCCCUUGCAAAAAGCCGCUGGUUGGCACUUCCUUCUACGAGCGGGAAGGGCAUCCCUACUGCCGGGCGGACUUUGAGCAGCUGUUCGCCGCCCGAUGCGCCGGCUGUGAACAGCCGAUCACGGACAACGCGAUCGUGGCCCUCAGUGCCAAAUGGCAUCGCAGUUGCUUCAAGUGCAAGAACUGCAGCGCUCCCAUCACGGCCAGCUCCUUCGCCGUGGAGGGGAACAAGCCCCUGUGCAGUGCCUGUUCAGGCUAGGAGCGGCACCAGCCCCGGCAGCAGCCCCGGCACCAGCACCCACACCGGUUCACCCGAUUCACUUCGAUAUCUAUUGUAUAUUAUCUAUUAUUAUGCUAUUUGUAGUCAUGCAAUUCGUUGAACAAGCCCGAGGAAAGAGCGAAAACAAAAUUCAGAGCAGACACUAUUUUAUUGUUGCCAUAGAGACAAUUUUUGGAUUUUUAAAUUUGGAUUUGGAUUUGGAUUAGACAAGAACACGAUAAAUGCAUUUGAAACACCUGCCAGGCGCUGCAGCUGUGCGUUUUUUCGGGCCUGAGGAGAAAGAUAACGAUAGUUGUUGGUUGAUGGAUGAUGGAUGAUGGAUGGAGGUGGGGAGGAGAUGUUAAUGCUUAAAUUAAUUAUUAUAAUUAUGUUUAGUUGAUAUGCACAAACGAUUGUUGUCUAUCUCACACUCCCUCUUUCUCUCUCUCUCUCUGGCUUCGUAUGGCCUCCCCUGCCUCUCUUUAAACGAGUGUAGCCCCUCUCGACCCUCUCCUGAUUGUUUUCGUAAUGCACAAAAGUAUCUGAUAAAUGAAAUAUGAAUAAACAUUAAUCUUGAAUCA